CCCUCGCACCCAGGUGGGGCCGCCGCCAGGAUGCAGAUCUUGAAGACCCUUACGGGGAAGACCAUCAUUCUGGAGGUCGAGCCCUCGGAUACGACAGAGAAUGUGAAGGCCAAGAUCCAGGACAAGGAAGGAAUUCCUCCCUAUCAGCAACGGCUCAUCUUUGCUGGCAAGCAGCUGGAAGAUGCACGUACCCUGUCUGACUACAACACUCAGAAGGAGUCCACUCCUCAUCUUGUGCUAAGACUUCGUGGUGGUGCUAAGAAAAGGAAGAAGAAGUCUUACACCACUCCCAAGAAGAACAAGCAUAAGAGAAAGAAGGUGAAGCUGGCCGUCUUAAAAUACUAUAAGGUGGAUGAAAAUGGCAAAAUCAGCCGCCUUCGGCGUGAAUGCCCUUCAGACGAGUGUGGGGCUGGGGUUUUCAAGGCCAGCCACUUUGACAGACAUUACUGCAGCAAGUGCUGUCUGAACCACUGCUUCAACAAACCAUAG